AACCAUCCCUAGUGAAACCACAACUUCUGACUGUAGUGAGUGGAAACCAUCCCUAGUGAAACUACAACUUCUGACUGUAGUGAGUGGAAACCAUCCCUAGUGAAACUACAACUUCUGACUGUAGUGAGUGGAAAACCAUCCCUCGUGAAACUACAACUUCUGACUGUAGUGAGUGGAAACCAUCCCUAGUGAAACUACAACUUCUGACUGUAGUGAGUGGAAACCAUCCCUAGUGAAACUACAACUUCUGACUGUAGUGAGUGGAAAACCAUCCCUCGUGAAACCACAACUUCUGACUGUAGUGAGUGGAAAACCAUCCCUCGUGAAACCACAACUUCUGACUGUAGUGAGUGGAAAACCAUCCCUCGUGAAACUACAACUUCUGACUGUAGUGAGUGGAAAACCAUCCCUCGUGAUACUACAACUUCUGACUAGUGAGUGGAAAACCAUCCCUCGUGAAACCACAACUUCUGACUGUAGUGAGUGGAAACCAUCCCUCGUGAAACCACAACUUCUGACUGUAGUGAGUGGAAAACCAUCCCUCGUGAAACCACAACUUCUGACUGUAGUGAGUGGAAAACCAUCCCUCGUGAAACUACAACUUCUGACUGUAGUGAGUGGAAAACCAUCCCUCGUGAAACCACAACUUCUGACUGUAGUGAGUGGAAAACCAUCCCUCGUGAAACCACAACUUCUGACUGUAGUGAGUGGAAAACCAUCCCUCGUGAAACUACAACUUCUGACUAGUGAGUGGAAAACCAUCCCUCGUGAAACCACAACUUCUGACUGUAGUGAGUGGAAAACCAUCCCUCGUGAAACUACAACUUCUGGCUGUAGUGAGUGGAAAACCAUCCCUCGUGAAACUACAACUUCUGGCUGUAGUGAGUGGAAACCAUCCCUCGUGAAACCACAACUUCUGGUUGUAGUGAGUGGAAACCAUCCCUCGUGAAACCACAACUUCUGACUGUAGUGAGUGGAAACCAUCCCUCGUGAAACUACUUAAUUUUAAAUACAAAACAAAUUACUCUAGCAUCUCGCCUGUCACUCUAGCAUCUCGCCUGUGGUUCAGCCUGUCACUCUAGCAUCUCGCCUGUCACUCUAGCAUCUCGCCUGUCGUUCAGCCUGUCAGUUGUGGUCUAGGGGUCAACUUGAGAGGUCACUCACUCCUGUGGUGCUGUAUAUCCAGGAAGAACGGGGGAGGGAGAUAACACAAACACUUCCUGAUUCACAACUUGGGGCAGGGGCUUAUUCUGGAGGGGCACAACAACAUUUACAUAGAAAUAUUUUGUGUAGCACAGUCAUGACUGUCCAAUGUGAAAUAGGGAAUGGUAACCAGUCUAUAUUUCAUAUCUCUAUCUGCAACAACCUAGUAAAUCCUUUUAAUUUUACUAGGCAAGUCAGUUAAGAACAAAUUCUUAUUUUCAAUGACGGCCAAGGAACAGUGGGUUAACUGCCUGUUCAGGGGCAGAACGACAGAUGUGUACCUUGUCAGCUCGGGGAUAGUCCAACGCUCUAACCACUAGGCUACCCUGCCGCCCCACUACUGACUAAGCCCCUAGAAAGGCUUGUUUUGUAACUUUGUGUCUCAUGAUCCUAACUCCUCUAAUAGGACUGACAUUCAAGCAAACAUGCAGUACAGAAAAAACAUUACAUUGGUCUUUUGACAAAAAAACCUGCAUAAAUACGGAAGAAAUCAGGUUUGGAUUUGAUUGAAAUUAGUUACUGUUAUUGGAUUUGAAUGAAGUGUUGUAUUGCUGGAACACAGGAGCUAGUAGGACUUUUCCACAAUGUGAAAUACCUGCAGUGCGUGUUUGAUUGAACUCCGCCCUUGGGUCUACAGCUGCAGCCUGCCACAACACAAAUACCAUUCAACCCACUCUGACCUACAAUGGCCUCAGAAAAACAGCAGAAAAACAAGGCUGAACCACAGAAUGGAGCUCUUGACAACGAGCCAUCAGGAACACAAGGGAGUCUGUGUCCUGCCCCUGCCAAGCUGAGAGAGGGAGGAGGAAAGGAAGGAGAUUGUGUGUGUGUGUGUGUGUGUGUGUGUGUGCAUAAAAUAUGUAUGGGAGAGCGAGAGAGUGUGUGUGUGUGUGCAGUCUGUGUGCAUGUGUCUGAAACAGAUUGUGAAAGAGAGAGAGAGAUGAAGGGAUGGAGACAGUGUGAGAAGGAGAGAGAGAGAUGAAGGGAUGGAGACAGUGUGAGAAGGAGAGAGAGAUGAAGGGAUGGAGACAGUGUGAGAAGGAGAGAGAGAGAUGAAGGGAUGGAGACAGUGUGAGAAGGAGAGAGAGAGAUGAAGGGAUGGAGACAGUGUGAGAAGGAGAGAGAGAGAUGAAGGGAUGGAGACAGUGUGAGAAGGAGAGAGAGAUGAAGGGAUGGAGACAGUGUGAGAAGGAGGGAGAGAUGAAGGGAUGGAGACAGUGUGAGAAGGAGAGACAGAGAGAUGAAGGGAUGGAGACAGUGUGAGAAGGAGAGACAGAGAGAUGAAGGGAUGGAGACAGUGUGAGAAGGAGAGACAGGGUAGAGUCCGCUGGUUUGACAUUUGACGUCUUGCCUGACAGACACAAAUGCCUUUGUCACAGUCAUUGAGUGAUUACAGACAGGAAGUUAUGCAGUUAUGUGGAGGAGCAGUGGAAUGGGGUAAAGACGCAAUCAGCAAUAACAGAGUGGUUACCCAACCACUUUUUUGUCAAUACACAUCUGAUGGAUGGAGCUGCAGAAAUGUAACCACUCUCAAAUACAUAGACCGAGCUAUGGAUGUAAGGACUGACCAUCCAUGAUAUCAAAAUGAAAGGACUGACCAUCCAUGAUAUCAAAAUGAAAGGACUGACCAUCCAUGAUAUCAAAAUGAAAGGACUGACCAUCCAUGAUAUCAAAAUGAAAGGACUGACCAUCCAUGAUAUCAAAAUGAAAGGACUGACCAUCCAUGAUAUCAAAAUGAAAGGACUGACCAUCCAUGAUAUCAAAAUGAAAGGACUGACCAUCCAUGAUAUCAAAAUGAAAGGACUGACCAUCCAUGAUAUCAAAAUGAAAGGACUGACCAUCCAUGAUAUCAAAAUUAAAGAACUGACCUUCCAUGAUAUCAAAAUGAAAGGACUGACCAUCCAUGAUAUCAAAAUGAAAGGACUGACCAUCCAUGAUAUCAAAAUUAAAGAACUGACCUUCCAUGAUAUCAAAAUGAAAGGACUGACCAUCCAUGAUAUCAAAAUGAAAGGACUGACCAUCCAUGAUAUCAAAAUGAAAGGACUGACCAUCCAUGAUAUCAAAAUGAAAGGACUGACCAUCCAUGAUAUCAAAAUGAAAGGACUGACCAUCCAUGAUAUCAAAAUGAAAGGACUGACCAUCCAUGAUAUCAAAAUUAAAGAACUGACCAUCCAUGAUAUCAAAAUGAUCAGUAUUUCAGUUGACUGUUUUGAUUUACAAUGGCAUUGUUUACAAACAAUUGAGUAAAACUAGCUGAUUAGAUUCUGAUGGGUUCUGACAGACGAACUAAUAAGCUCAUUUAGAAGUUCUAUUGUUCAAGAAUCAAUGGGUAUUAUCGUUCAUUUAAAAGUCCAAAAUGGGCUGUACCAAUCACAGAUUGCCCCUUUCAAACUGCUUUCCUCAGCCUGGGAUGCCUCGGGGAAAAACUAAGGGGAUGUGUCUGAUAUACAAACUGAUAUUUAAAAACAAAAUUGUUAAAAUGAGAUAAAGGUUAGGGGUUAAGGUAAGGGUCCGUUUUUGUUUCGUCAGGCUGUCAAUGGAAUGCUCAGCACGACUCGUGAUGGUUUGUUUAUGCUCUGUACCGCCACCUGCUGUUUCUUUACCAAACUGUUACCACUGGAAUGUAAGUCUAUGUACUGUCCAAUAGUAACAUUAUUAUCUCAUUCCUAUUAAUAAGAUGUGGCACCUUUUUUAUCUACUUAAAAUUAUAUUUAUUUAUUUUUUAUGAUUUCAAGAUGUCUGUUUAUAGACGUUAUUUUGUAGCGGUAGGUAGCCUUGUGGUUAAGAGUGUUGGCCCAGUAACCAAAAGGUCACUGGUUUGAAUCCCUGUACAGACUAGGUGAAACAUCUGUUGAUGUGCCCUUGAGCAAUGCACUUAACCCUAAUUGUCACUGAAACAGUGUCUCCUUCAUAAUGUGGAAACCUCAGCUGUUAUAUGACUUGACUGAUUUGAUGAUAUCCAUUGGUAAUAAUGUGAUGUAAUCCUAAAAGAUUAUAGAGACGAUCUGACAUGAUUGAAUGUUACUCAGUAAUCUAAUCUGGUUGGAGUGAUUGCUCAACAUAAUCUGAGUCCCAUGAGCACAGAUAGCCAGAUAGACUUCUGAGGCUCAGUCAAUGACUGUGUAUUACUGCCAUAGCAGGCUCCAGAGUUGUGGAUGUCAAUAUUGAAUGUGGACUGAUUGUGGUCGACUCCCAAAUGGCACCCUAUUACCUAUAUAGUGCACUACCUUUGACCAGCUGUGGUCAAAAUUUGUGCACUACAUAGGGAUAUGGGUGCUAUUUGGGAUGCAAAAUGACUGUGUUGUUAUAACAAGGAAUAAAUGACUUGUGGAGCCAAGUCUCAUUUGCUGGGAGCUGAGGGCACCUUCAAGAACAUAGAUGUGUUUAAAUGUAUUUUCUCUCUCCAGCUGAGCGACGCCAGAUGACCGGAAAAGGACCCUCAUCUCUCUGAGACGUUGACCUUGACAAUGUGUCAGUCAGACACAUUAAACGACAAGUAGCUUAUUCUAUGUGGGUGUCGUUGAGUCCACUUAGCCUACAGAGGCCAUGCAUAGCAGUUCUUAAUGGAAGAACAAUCUCACUGAAUGGAUUGGAUUCUUAUAACCCAUGAUAAUAAUAUUUAUAACUCUGUAUCUUUUUGCCUGUCUGUCUGUCUGUCUGUCUGUCUGUGUGUCUGUCUGUCUGUGUGUCUGCCUAUCUCCCUCUCAACUUGAAUUACAAUAUUUCUCAUGUUCAGCUGAAUAAAAUAGAUGCAGUAUGAGCGUCCUUCAAUCGCGGUCCAGUAGUUGAUAGGUGCACUUGUCUAGGUGUGUCUGUGAGCACAGCUGGUGUAGGCUAUAACCCAUGUUAACAUUAUUACAGUAUGAACAAAGGAUGUGUGCCAAUACCAUGUGAGCAGCGAUGUGUUCAUCACAGUUUAUCUGCACAUCCCGGUUGUGAGAUGAACAUGCCAUAGCUACAACAUCUGAAGAUCUAUGAGGCCUUCAGCCAGGAGAGCUCUCCCAUGGAACAGGAAGUGAUGCGCAUAUACUCCUCCUCACCCCCUCCGCUGGACAACGAAUCAGGGGGAGAGGAGGACGAUGACGAGUUUGGGGAUUUCUCUGGGGGUGUGGCAAUGUCAUCCAACCAGCUGUGCCCCUCCACAACAGACCCCGCCUCCCCGACCCUAUCAACAGUGAACUUUAGUGUUAGUAACUCCUCCUCUUUCUCCGGAACUACCCAUAGCAACGGAAUCUCAAAACAGUUCCUAGCAGCUGACGACCUGAAGAAGCCACGGGCGCCGGUGGUGGACCAAUCACAGCCCGCUAAUACUGGGACCUCAGAGGUUGGCAGGGUUCGGCCGGGCUUGGAGGUCAAAGGGCAGCCCUGUCAUUGCGACCUCCCUGACCUCUCUCUCACCAAUGGGUUUGUCAAGCGGCAUCACCAGGGGACCAUGUCUGCAGGUAACAACUUUAGUCCCGAGGGCUGUCAUGGAGUUGUUGGUCUUGUACCGGCUGGCCUGGGCUCCCCCAGCCAGGAGCAGGGGUUUGCAGACUUCUCUGCGUUCGCCGAGCCAGAGAUGGAGCUGGAACCCUGGUGCUGCGGCUUCACUCACACUCACAGUACGGAGCACAGGAAGGACGGCAGGAUGGAGGGGACAAACCUAACCAACGGUUUCUGCAAUGCACACUCGGUCCAGAAGGACAUAGAGCAGCGGGCCAGAAUAGAGACUGGCGGGCCUGACUCUCAAUGUUUAGCACAGCAAGGGGACAGGGACUGCACUGGAGUCCAGCAACACUGUGAGCUAAGGGGCCACCCUCAGGACUCUGGCCUCUUAGCCCCCAUAGAGGUGCUCUGUGCUAGGGGUGAGGGGCUGGGGGAACCUGGAGAGAGGGCACCCAGCAUCAACAGGGAUAGCACGCUUACACAGAACUCAGAACUGGGAGGGAAGAGGGUGGAGGAGGAGGAGGAGGAAGAUAUGGAGAGCGAAACAGAGGACAGUGUCUCUCCUCUCCCCACCACAGUCAGUGGGUCAGUGAGUGAGGAGUUUGCCUCUGGUGAGGCUGUGUCGUCAGACGCUUUGGAGGUGUUUGGGAACUUUGGCGAGACGGUCUUCACUCCCUCGUCAAUAGGGGAGGAGGAGAAGGAGAAAGAGGAGGUGCAGCGGAGUGACCUCAGGGAGGAGACCGAGACAAAGAUGGUGGAGGAGGAAGAUGAAGAAGAGGACUUUGGAAUCUUCAGGGAUGCUGGAUCCUUCCCUAGCCAGGAGGACUUUGGUGACUUCAACCAAUCGGAGUCCAGGACACAGGAGGGCUUUGGUGACUUCAACCAAUCGGAGUCCAGGACACAGGAGGGCUUUGGUGACUUUGAACAGGACUAUUCUGAGGACCCAGGUCCGACCCGGGCGUGUGGGGAGGAGGUUGGACAUGGAGACCUUCCCCUCAGCGACAGCUUUGCAGACUUCCACUCUGCUCCCCUGGAGGGGCAGGGUGAGAGGGAGGAGGGCUGGGGGGCGUAUGGAGACCAGAGAGGUCUGUCGGAGGGGGAGACCUGGGCAGAGUUUGGAGAGGAGGAUAGACCCAGGCGGACAGAAGAGGCAGAGGAGAAGAAGUGGGGAGAGAGAUGUCAGGGAGGUGCUGCUGUACGAAGGGACAGUCUGCAGGCCUCCCUAUCUAUCCGGCUACAGAGAGUCCUACAGACCAGCUUCCCUGCAGUGGCAGUCCCAGAACUGGAUCAGGAGAGGGAGGAGACUGGGGUGGAGGGGGAGGAGACUGGGGUGGAGGAGGAGGAGACUGCCGUGGAGGAGGUGGUAGAGGACAGUGGGGGUGAGGUGUUGAAUGUGCUCAGCCUCAGGGCUCUGCUAGAGACUCUCGACACACAGCCUGAGGAAGAGGAGACGAAGGGGCUCAACCACACUACACACUGGGUUCCUAGGGGCGCAUGGCGGCAGCCUCAGGACCUCCACGAUGCCGUGGGCCUGGGAUUCCAGUGGGGCGGUUCCCAUAGCAACAGGGCCCUGCUCCGCUGUCUGGGGAUGGACACCAGCAACAUGUUGUUCACUGGUCAGAGAAAGCAGCCUGUCAUAGUUCCUGUGUUUGCAGCCAGCCUGGUGAGUGGACUGUUCUGUCCCCCAAAUGGCACCCUGUUCCCUAUACAGUGCACUACUUUAGACCAGGGCCCAUAUGGACAUAGUCCAUGGUGGCCCUAGUUCCAUUUCUGUCCCUAGAUCCUCCCCCUAAGCAUGUGUACCAGUCAGUUUGUUCCGUCAUCCCAAACAUGACCAGGAGUUGACAUGAUAGCACAAACAGAUCUGGGACCAGCCUACCUUCCCUUAGACUUGUAUGCUGAUAGCCCCUUAAUGUUCACAGAUCGAAAACUACUGGGUAGGUGUAAAGCAAUAAGAUGAUGACUUGGCAGUCGGCCAUAUUGCUUUCUCCCUCUCCAAACCUUUCAUCAUGUGACCAAGUGUUCCAUGGUGACCUCUUUCUUUCUCUGCCUUUCCCCUUCACCUGUUAUUCCCUAUCGCUCUCCCAUCUCUCUCUCUUUCCCCCGUUAUCCCCUCGCUCUCCUCUCUCUCUUUCCCCCGUUAUCCCCUCGCUCUCCUCUCUCUCUUUCCCCCGUUAUCCCCUCGCUCUCCUCUCUCUCUU